AUGGCGGCCGCCGCCCCGUCCUCCACUUCCUCCACCAUUUCCAGACACCCUUUUGUUGAUUCAUCCUCCUCCAAAUCGUCACAAAUCCUUUCAAGAUUUUCCAUCCAGUUCCAUUCCCAAGGACCUACCAGCCCCGUCCCCCUCCUCUCUCAUAAUUGCCGCCAUAAGUGCAGUCUGCAAAUCACCAAUGUUUCUUCACCCGUACGGAAAGAAGCUUACCAAGAGACCCACAUUUCCCGAUAUGCCCCUGAUGAACCCCGAAAAGGCUCUGAUGUCCUUGUGGAGGCCCUUGAGCGGGAGGGCGUGACAGACGUUUUUGCAUAUCCUGGUGGUGCGUCCAUGGAGAUCCACCAGGCCCUCACGCGGUCUAAAAUUAUCCGAAACGUCCUCCCACGCCAUGAGCAGGGCGGGGUUUUCGCGGCUGAAGGUUACGCUCGAGCUUCUGGAGUCCCCGGUGUCUGUAUCGCCACGUCCGGUCCCGGAGCUACCAAUUUGGUUUCUGGAUUGGCUGAUGCUAUGCUUGAUAGUGUCCCAAUCGUAGCCAUCACCGGCCAGGUUCCCCGGAGGAUGAUUGGCACAGAUGCCUUCCAGGAAACGCCCAUUGUUGAGGUGACUCGAUCCAUUACCAAGCAUAAUUAUCUUGUUUUAGACGUGGAGGACAUUCCUAGAAUUGUGAAAGAAGCAUUUUUUAUUGCUAAAUCGGGCCGACCUGGACCAGUUUUGAUUGACAUCCCGAAGGAUAUACAACAGCAAAUGGUGGUUCCUAAGUGGGACCAACCAAUGAGAUUAGCUGGUUAUGUGUCUAGGUUGCCACGGCCCCCAAGUGAGAUGUUGUUAGAGCAAAUAGUGAGGUUAAUAACUGAGUCAAAAAAGCCCGUCCUCUACGUAGGUGGUGGGUGUUUGAAUUCAAGCGAAGAGUUGAGGCGGUUUGUAGAUUUAACAGGGAUUCCUGUUGCCAGUACUUUGAUGGGUCUUGGUUCUUAUCCUUGCUCUGAUGAGGAGCUAUCCUUGCAAAUGCUUGGAAUGCAUGGAACUGUUUAUGCUAAUUAUGCAGUGGACAAGAGUGAUUUGUUGCUUGCUUUUGGGGUUCGGUUUGAUGAUCGUGUGACUGGGAAGUUAGAGGCUUUCGCGAGCCGAGCAAAGAUUGUGCACAUUGAUAUUGAUUCUGCUGAGAUUGGAAAGAACAAGCAACCUCAUGUGUCCAUUUGUGGAGAUAUUAAGUUGGCUUUGCAGGGUUUGAAUUUGAUAUUAGAGGGGAAAGGGGGAGGAAGUAAGGUUAAGCUCGAUUUUUCAGCCUGGAGACAGGAACUAAAGGAGCAGAAAAUCAAGUAUCCUUUGAGUUACAAGACAUUUGAAGAUGCCAUUCCUCCACAAUAUGCUAUUCAGCUUCUCGACGAGCUGACAAGAGGGAAUGCAAUUAUUAGUACUGGUGUUGGGCAGCACCAAAUGUGGUCUGCUCAAUUUUACAAGUACAAUAGGCCUCGGCAGUGGUUGACAUCGGGUGGUUUGGGGGCUAUGGGUUUUGGACUUCCUGCAGCAAUUGGAGCUGCAGUUGCACGACCAGAUUGUGUUGUUGUUGAUAUUGAUGGUGAUGGGAGUUUCAUCAUGAAUGUUCAAGAGCUUGCUACAGUCAGGGUGGAAAACCUUCCUGUUAAAAUUAUGUUGUUGAAUAAUCAGCAUUUGGGCAUGGUGGUUCAGUGGGAAGACCGCUUCUACAAGGCUAACAGGGCGCAUACCUAUCUUGGAAACCCAUCCAAAGAGUCGGAGAUUUUCCCAGAUAUGUUGAAGUUUGCAGGGGCUUGUGAUAUACCUGCAGCGCGCGUGACAAAUAAGGAUGAUCUCAGGGCUGCUAUUCAGAAGAUGUUAGAUACACCCGGGCCAUAUUUAUUGGAUGUGAUUGUACCUCAUCAAGAACAUGUCUUGCCUAUGAUCCCAAGUGGGGGAGCCUUUAAAGAUGUGAUCACCGAGGGUGACGGAAGAACUAAGUAUUGA